AUGGCGAGCACCCUACGACAAGCGACAGCGUCGACCACGCUGCAGCAGGCUCAGGCAAGAGCUCUCUUGUCUCUUCUCAACCUCAAUCAACCAAUAGAGCCAAGCACGACUACCUCAAAGCAAGGCUCAGGAUUCAAGACACCCCCAGUAUCUGGGCCUCCCGUGUGGAAAGUCCUUGUUUUGGACCAACAGACGAAGGAUGUUCUCGCAACAAUCCUGCGUGUGCAGGAUCUACGCGACGCUGGUGUUACUCUACAUGUUCAGCUUCACUCUCUCCGCCCAUCACUUUCCGAUGUUCCAGCAGUCUAUUUCGUUUCCCCAACACUCGCCAACAUCCGUCGGAUAGCUCAGGAUCUUCAGAAGUCGCUUUACGAAUCUUUCCACCUUAACUUUGUGGAACCUCUUCCUCGCGCGCUCCUCGAAGAAUUGGCAGCAUCUGUAGCUCAAGACGGUACGGGAGAACUCGUGGAGCAGGUCGUGGACCAAUACCUUUCUUUCAUCGCCCCAUCGCCGUCUCUGUUUUCUCUUCUGCCUCCCCCACCACCAUCAGUACCUCCGACCUCACCAGGCGGACCGUCUAGUUCGCUUGCCUCGACGUCAACAUACAGUAUCCUCAAUUCACCCUCGUCGACAGAACAACAAAUUGAGGAUGAGAUAGAACGCGUUGCUAAUGGACUUUUCAGCGCCGUUGCCACCACUGGCCACGUUCCAUUUAUUAGAGCACCUCGAGGGAACGCCGCUGAAAUGAUUGCGAAGAAAGUCGAAACGAAAAUCCGAGACGCAUUACUCUCAGCUUCAAGAGCAGGCCAUUCCUCCACUUCUCUCUUCACCAAUGACGCUACAGGGUUGUCAACCCUCCAACGCCCCCUCCUGCUCAUCAUUGAUCGUAACGUGGAUUUGGUCUCUAUGUUAGCCCACGGAUGGACAUACCAAGCUCUCAUCUCCGACUGCCUUCAAAUCAAGCUCAACCGAGUCACAAUCACAGAGAAACAGACGAAGAAGUCUUACGAUCUUGAUUCGAAAGAUUUUUUCUGGGCCAGGAGCGCAGCAAAUCCAUUCCCCGAAGUGGCAGGAGAAAUUGACUUAGAGCUGAACAAGUACAAGGACGAUGCAGCUGAGAUUACGCGGAGCACAGGUGUCAGCGAUGUCAAUGAUAUCUCUCAACUUGACUUGACAACAAACGCGGCGCACCUGAAAACGGCUAUCACCCAACUCCCUGAAUUAACGGCACGAAAGGCAACGCUUGACACGCACAUGAACAUCGCCACUGCUCUUCUUGAACAAAUUAAAAAGCGAGGCCUUGACGAACUUUUCAGCACAGAAGAGGCUAUUAGCAAGCAGAAUAUAUCCACUGUCCUCGAAAUGCUACGUGCCCCUCGCCCAGACGGAGAAUUCACACCCCUGGACAAACUUCGUUUCGUAAUCGUAUUUUAUCUUUCAUUCCCAGAUAACGCGCUCUCGAAAGAUGACAUCGUGGAAUUGGAGAAGGAGCUCAAAUCCUCAGGCGCCGACGUUGCCGCCUUUGAAUAUGUCAGGCGUACACGCGAAAUAUCCCGCAUGACGACUUCUGUAAGCAUGGGUACUGGGGGAACUGCGACGCCCAAUCUUGGGGGUGUUGCAGGGCAAGGUGGCGAGCUUUUCAAAGGUUUCAGCGCUUUGGGCAGCCGGAUUACUAAAGGUCUCAAGGAGGGCGGGUUUGAGGACCUUAUCUCUGGAGUUAAAAAUUUCCUACCGGCGAACAAGCUGCUGCCCGUCACGCGUCUGACGGAGGCGUUGAUGGACUCAUCGUCAGCAUCUAACCAGUCUCUGCAAGAAACAGACGAUUACAUCUUCCUCGAUCCCCGUGCACCACGGCAUGUCCACUCAGGGAUGCCUGGCGCCGCUGGAGGCAGCGGAGUGACUAAAGGGAAGCGUAUGGCGUUCGCCGAGAGCAUGGUGUUCAUUGUGGGUGGGGCGGGCUAUGUCGAGUACGGAAAUUUAGAGGAAUGGGCAGGGAAGACGGGGAAGAGAGUGACCUAUGGCGGAACGGAUAUAAUCGAUCCUGGGGGUUUUGUUGCCCUUCUGGUGAGCCUUGGAAAAGCGGGAGCUAACUGA